GGCACUUCCUCACCAAGACUUGUCAUGUGACAAAUAGUAAGAAUAUUAUUGGCAGUUCGUAGUGCAUAUUCUACGGAGGCGGCCAUUGCAGAAAACACCGGUUGUCUGCAGGUGCCAAAGGAAACUUCAGUAUGGCGCUCUGACGUGGACUGUGCACCACAUUGGUGUUUGAUUCAAAAUGUUGUUCAAACUACACACGUCGGCCAAGUUGGUCACUUUGGGAUCAAGUGUGCAAAGUCUUUCAUUACGAUGCAGUCGUGGUCUGAAGAAUCCAGCAAGGUUUUUUUCCCAAAAGGCUGAACAGGAGGCACCAAAGGGAAUUCCUUACAGUAAACUCACCAUCGGAGUUCCCAAGGAAAUAUUCAAAAAUGAGCGUCGAGUUGCCAUGUCCCCUGCUACUGUGACGGUACUGACAAAGAAAGGGUUCAACAUCAACAUUGAGGAAAGUGCAGGCUUGGAAGCAAAGUUCAAGAACGAUGAGUAUGCUAAAGCAGGAGCCAAAAUCAUUUCCAAGAAAGAGGCCUUUGAAUCUGACAUAGUCCUCAAGGUCAGGGCACCCCUGACGGAAGAGAUUGCAAACUUCAGGAGUGGUACCACCUUGAUCAGCUUCCUGUACCCCAAACAGAACCCCGAGCUUGUAAAACAGCUGGCAGAGAAGAAUCUCAAUGUAUUUGCCAUGGACAUGAUUCCACGUAUCAGCAGGGCUCAGGUUUUCGACGCCCUGAGUUCCAUGGCUAACAUUUCUGGAUACAAGGCAGUAGUGGAGGCUGCUAACAACUUUGGAAGGUUCUUCACAGGUCAGAUUACAGCAGCAGGUAAAGUUCCGCCCGCCAAGGUGUUUGUGAUUGGUGGAGGAGUGGCGGGUCUGGCUGCCAUUGGGACAGCCAAGGCUAUGGGGGCUGUGGUGAGAGCCUACGAUGUCAGACCAGCAGCUCGUGAACAAAUAGAAUCUCUGGGUGGCCAGUUCCUGGAAGUGUCUGUGCAGGAAUCAGGAGCUGGAGAGGGAGGCUAUGCUAAGGACAUCAGUGAAAUGUCACAGGAGUUCCAGGAGGCCCAGAAAGCUCUGUAUGCCAAACAGUGUGAGGAGUGUGAUGUCGUCAUUACUACUGCCCUCGUACCUGGCAAGCCAGCCCCUAAGCUGGUGUCAAAGGCAGUGGUUGACAGGAUGAAGCCUGGCUCUGUGAUUGUGGAUCUGGCAGCAGAGGCCGGAGGAAACUUUGAGACCACCAGGCCCGGUGAACUGUACAAGUACAACGAUGUGACACACAUUGGUUACACCGACUUACCCAGCCGACUCCCAACCCAGUCCAGUACUCUCUACUCCAACAACAUCUCCAAGCUACUUCUGUCCAUGGGUGAGAAAGAUCAUUUCAACAUCAACUUAGAGGAUGAAGUAGUGAGAGGAUCCAUAGUUGUACAAAAUGGACAGGUACUACCUCCUGCUCCUCCUCCCAAACUUGAUGCUGCCCCUGCAGCAGCAGCAGCCCCCACCAAAGUGGCUCCUCCUCCACCCCCAACCAAGUUCCAGACCACUAUGAAAGAUGCGGUUGUAUACUCCUCUGGACUAGGGGCCAUCACUGCUAUUGGUUGCAUUUCUCCUAGUCCUGCUUUUAUGUCCAUGGUUACAACAUUUGGAUUGGCUGGUAUUGUUGGUUACCACACUGUAUGGGGUGUGACACCAGCUCUCCACUCACCUCUUAUGUCUGUGACAAAUGCCAUCUCUGGAAUCACAGCUGUUGGAGGACUUCUGUUGAUGGGUGGGGGCUACACUCCCUCCAACACCAUCGAGACCUUGUCAGCCUUGGCAGCUUUUAUCUCCUCCAUUAACAUCGGAGGUGGAUUUACAGUCACUCAGAGAAUGUUGGACAUGUUCAAGCGACCAACCGACCCCCCUGAGUACAACAAGCUGUAUGCCAUUCCUGGGGGAGUGUUGCUGGGAACCUACGGCUAUGCUGCCUCCACCAAUCUGUUCCCAGACAUCCAUCAGGCCACCUACCUGGCUGCCUCCAUGUGCUGUGUGGGAGCUCUGACUGGUCUGUCCUCGCAGUCUACCAGUAGAAUAGGAAAUGCUCUUGGCAUGAUUGGUGUGUCAUCGGGAGUAGCAGCAACCCUUGGAUUACUGAAGCCAUCUCUGGAGAACUUCACACAGAUGGCAGCUUGCAUGGGUGCAGGUGGUCUGAUUGGUGUGUUGGGAGGCAAGAACGUGGAGGUGACUGACCUCCCCCAGAUGGUGGCCCUGUUCCACAGUCUGGUCGGAGCCGCCGCCGUCCUGACAUGCUUCGCUAACUAUCUUCUGGAACAGCCUCACUUUGCUACUGACCCAGCAGCUAAUGUUAUCAAGACAUUCCUCUUCCUGGGAACCUACAUUGGAGGUGUCACCUUCACCGGUUCUCUAAUUGCUUUCGGAAAACUGCAAGGAGUACUCAAGUCUGACCCUCUCCUCUUACCGGGAAGACAUGCCAUGAACUUGGGAAUGUUGCUAGGUAAUGUUGGCGCCAUGGGCACCUUUAUGGUCAGUGACGACCCAACCACUCAGCUGGCCUGCCUGGGGACUACCACUGCUCUGUCCAGCAUCAUGGGAGUCACUCUCACUGCUGCCAUUGGAGGAGCUGACAUGCCUGUGGUGAUCACCGUACUGAACAGCUACUCGGGCUGGGCACUGUGUGCUGAGGGCUUCAUGUUGAACAACAAUCUGAUGACCAUUGUAGGUGCUCUGAUUGGUUCAUCUGGAGCUAUCCUCUCUUACAUCAUGUGUGUGGCUAUGAACAGAUCCCUAACCAAUGUAAUUUUGGGAGGUUAUGGAACAAAGUCCACUGGUACUGGUAAACCCAUGGAGAUCACAGGAACCCACACCGAGAUUGAUGUCCCAUCGGCUGUAGAGAUGAUCACUGAGGCAAGGAACAUCAUCAUCACCCCAGGCUACGGACUCUGUGUCGCCAAAGCCCAGUACCCCAUCGCUGAAAUGGUGGAGCUCCUCAAGAAAAAAGGAAUCAAUGUCCGAUUUGGAAUUCACCCUGUAGCAGGUCGCAUGCCUGGUCAACUGAAUGUGCUGUUGGCUGAAGCUGGCGUACCUUAUGACAUAGUGCUGGAAAUGGACGAGAUCAAUGAUGAUUUCCCUGAGACUGACCUUGUACUGGUCAUUGGAGCCAACGAUACCGUCAACUCAGCAGCUGAGGAGGACCCCAACUCCAUCAUUGCAGGAAUGCCUGUGCUGAGGGUCUGGGGAUCCAAAAAUGUAAUUGUGAUGAAGAGAACACUUGGAGUGGGCUAUGCAGCUGUAGACAAUCCCAUCUUCUUCAAGCAGAACACCAGCAUGUUGCUUGGUGAUGCCAAGAAAACUUGUGAUGCUUUACUGACGAAAAUCAAGGAGCACUAUGGAGAGGCUUAAUGCAGAAGAGCCUUAGACUUUCAUUAAAGUAUUUUUCAAAUUUAUAAAAAGAUUGAUCAUGUUUGUGAAAUUCUUUAGCGAAAACUGAAUUUGUAACUUUGGCAGUGCCAGAUAUUUUGAUACAAAUAUAACAGACAGUGCCCUGAACAUGACUUUUGUGUUUUGAAUGAAACAUCAAGGCUUUUUUAACUACAUGUAGAUGCUUGCAUUGUGCCAAAGGUUCUCCUUAUAGAGACUAUUACCUCCUCAAUCAAUUUUGUUGUGGAUAUUUGUGGUGAGAGAUCUGAGACUUUGAUUUAAUAAACAUUUAUAAAUAUCA